AUGGAUUAAGAGGACGAAUAACACAACGAGAUAAGAAAAGAAUAUAAAAAUCCCUUGGAAGAACAAUUGAAUUACAAAACUUAUAGUAGAUUGAUGAGAGUUUGCUUUGCAAUUUUGGUUAUUUUAGGAAUGUUGUAAACAUAUCAAUAAUUCAAAAUCAAAAGAGAACGAGUUUUGAGAUUUCUAUGA